AUGUUUCUGGAAAAGAUUUUCGUCUUCCUCUGGUUUUGGCACUGCAUAAUCGGUAUAAUUACGCUCUUCAGUUUCUUCAACUGGUUUCUGCGGAUGGGCUUUGCACGCUAUCGCCUGAAAUUUAUUCGAAAGUUCCUUAAAAUCAUGGCAGUACUGAAGGACACAGAUAAGGCCGCAUCACAAAAAUUUGUGGAGAACUUUCUUCGUCCAGACGGCGUCUUUCUUAUCCGUCUGAUAUCCAUGAACGUCGGUGACAUUAUAGCUGGCGACCUUGCCUGCGAACUAUGGCACAUAUAUCGGCAUAAACGCAUGCAGAACACGGAGGAAAUGAAAUAUAUCGAGACUAUGCCACCUCUGCCGAAUUUCCUUGGUCAGCAAACACUGGGAAGACCGCCGAAUUUGCCGCAUGAGGAAUUCAGCGUAAUAUCUGCACCACCGAGGGAGAAAAUCAUUUUUUCUAUGAGCAAUGGGAACGAUGACAGUAUCGUUUGA